GUAUUUCUAAUCUGUUGUAUUAAAAUAAUAAUAAUAAUAAUAAUAAUAAUAUUUUUCCAUUGUUAAUUUAUUAUUAAUACAUUAUACAUAAUUCAUUCAUAUACACAAAAGGUGAUUUAUAAUAUUUUGUUGGCUUUUCGUGCAACAACAUAUUUAUUAUAUUUUUAAUAUAAAGUUUCAAAUUUACAACCGAUUAAAAUGAGUGAAUCGGAGCAAACCAACAAGAUCAACGAGUUCACAGGGAUCACUAAUGUUGAUCAGGAAAGAGCAAAAUUCUAUUUGGAAUUGGCCGCGUGGAAUUUAGAUUCUGCAUUGGCUAGUUUUUACGACGAAGGAACCGAUGAUGAACCAAUAAGCGACACCGCGGCUCCGGUCGUUCCAAGACCAGCAGCUCCUGCUACUAGUCAUUCACCCAUGAUGACUUCAACGAGUUUUAAAUCUGCUUCUAAACCAAAAAAAUGGCAGCCAAAAUCCAGAAUAAUGACGUUUAGUAGUAUGAAAAAUUCUGAAGUCGACGAUAAAGAUAGCGACGAUGAUGAAGGUCAAAGAUUCUAUGCCGGCGGGUCGAUUACAAGCGGUCAGCAAGUUAUUGGACCACCAAGAAAUAACACAGAUGCCAUGACAGAAAUGUUUCAAGCAGCACAAAAGUACGCCAGUUCGUCAGCACCUAGUGAUGCGGGUAGUUCCCACCAGGAAGGUGGUUCUUCGACGUUCUUCGGCACUGGCUAUAAGUUAGGUCAAACUGAAACUGAUACAGAAGUAAUUCCGUCUCAUAGUUCAACUUCAAAGAAAACUGCAAGACAAUCACAAGAAGAAGUCGUAUUAAAGAUGUGGAAAGAAGGAUUCACCAUCAAUGACGGUGAACUGCACAGCAUUGAGCAACAAGAAAACCGAGAAUUUUUGCUUUUGGUGGCCCGUGGGGAAGUUCCACCAUUAUUAUUGAAAGAAGCGAACGUGACCAGCGAAGAAGAACUCCACGUCAGCAUUGAAGAUCACAGAUUUGAAGAAUAUGCACCGCCCAAACAAAAAAAAAAACUUUUUGGAGGUUCUGGUCAUCUAUUAGGAAGCCCUGCUCCAGAAGUUGUUGAAAAUGUAAGUUCAAAAGACACUUUGCCAUCCGACAAUGGUAUUGCUAACGAGUCAGCUGCUCGUGCCGAAGUCCCAUUACAAGAAGGUGCUCCUACAACAUCUUUACAGAUAAGAUUGGCUGACGGAUCAAGAUUAGUAGCGUCAUUUAACCAAAGUCACACAAUUGGUGAUGUUCGUCGUUAUUUGAUAACGGCAAGAUCCAGUUUUGCGGCACGACCCUUCAUUCUUCAAUCGUCCUACCCACCGAAAACACUAGACAAUAACGAGCAAACAUUGUUGGAUGCCGGACUGUUAAACACUGUGAUUUUUCAACGUUUAGGUUGAAUUCUCCCAACUUUCACUGUUUUUUUCAUUUUAUCUUAAUUAUAUUUUAUGUAUAUUAUUUUAUUUAAAACAUACGAGACUAAGUCCCGAUUUAAAGAGAAAUAAAUAAAGGCACAGUAAUGUUUCUAUAAUAAUAA